AUGCCGCGACUGCUAGACAGAGCGUUAGCAGAAGAAGCUCGCGUUGCAGCUGGGUUUUCAGAUCCUGAAUGGAGACGUUUUAUCCGGCAGGUGCUAUUCAAUGAGAAGCGUCGCAUUACCGAGAGUAUCAAUGCCCGGCUGAUAGAGGAAGGCAUCCCCAUGAUUGAGAUUGAGCUUGUUGGAUGGCGCAUGAGCAGAGUGAUCGGCAACCUGAGGCAUGCUGAGGCCAGGUCCAAUAAAUCGUUGGCUACGCCACCUGAAACUGAUGUGGCCACCAACGGCACUGACACCGAUGUUGGUACUACCGCGACUAUGGCUACCGCAACUCCUGCGUCUUCGUCAGCGACAGGGACUCGUACAUUUAAUCCUAUUCGUGAUAUCUAA